UACGAUAUUACUAGUUUAGAAAAAUGGAUUUCGAUGUAGAAAAGAUUCAUAACAUAUUAACUGAAGCAAAUCUUCCAUCAUGUAGAAGUUUACUGAAAAAUCCGACAGAAGAUUAUGUUUUCAGUCUAAUUAUUACUUUUCUACAAAGAUUCAGUAUUAAAGUAGGCAGAAUCGAUAAACCAACAAUGGAGCAACAAGAUAUAAUGCAAUACUGUGAAGAUACUGAUAUAAUUCGUGUUAUAAAUUUACAUAUUGCUAUGGUACAGAUAUGCGAUCGUAUAUAUUUAAAAGAUUUUGGUGUUACAGAUAUCCUUAGUCCAAGUUCAAAAAGAAUACGUAGACAAGCAAAAUUUCUUGCAAAUUUCAUAUUAUAUGCAAAUAAUAAAGAGUUAGAUAUUAAAGAUAAAGUUUGUCACAUUCAACACAGAGCAAAAGUGUUACACGAUAUAUUAGAAAAGAAAAAUGAGACAUUAGAAGCUAUAAAUGAUAAAGCACUAUACAUAGCAAAGAAGUUAUCAUCAAAGGAAAAAUUAAUUUUUGAGAUUCAAAAGUUCCAAUCUAAAAUUGAAGAAAAUAAUAAGUAUUCUGUUGAAUUAAUGGCAAAGAUGACUGCAGCAGAAGAGAAAAAGCAACAAGCACUAGAACUUUAUAGGACUUAUAAAGCACAAGUAGUAAAGUUAAGUAAAACAACAGCUGAAUUGCAAUCAGAGGUUGUAAAAACUCCUGAAGAAUAUCAAAUGCGUUUAAAUGAAUUAGAGCAACAGCAGAAUGUUAAAGUCAAAGAACGUGAAACAAUGCAGGAGGCAUUCCAGGAUAAAAAGCAUUCAAUUGAACAACAAAAAAAUAUUUUAGCUGUUAUUCAAAACCAAUUAGAUAAGCUUAAUGAAAUGCGAGAUAUAUAUGACCAAUUAAAAAAAAUAAGAAUGCAAGAGGAUAGUGUUGGGAAAAAAAUUGAUAUAUUUAAAACACAUAUUGCAGAAAUUGAAAAAAAAUUAGUAACACAAAAUGAUCAAUACAAUAAAAACGAAGUAAAUGAAAUUCAUAUACAAUAUGAAGAAUGUCUUUCUCAAUUACGUAAUUUAAGUGCCCAAUUAUUAAGCAAGAAGAAGUUAUAUAAAGAAAAAUUAGAAAAAGCGCAAAUUCAACGCAAUGAAGACUAUCUAAACCUGAAAAAAAUGAACAAUAUGAUAAAGAAAUUGGAAGAUGAAACUGCAGUACUUAUUACGAAUUAUCAAGACUUAUAUAACAAUGAAAUCUCAACUGCAUGA